GUUUUUUUCUGAUAGAACUUAAAAAAUUAAGAUGUUUUAUUAAAAACAGAAUCGGGGGCGGUGCGUUCACAUUUGACGUUCAAUAUAUACAUAUUUUAGCCAUUCCCAAGAUAACCUUAUUCCUCGACACGUAAAACAAACAACAAAAAAAUACAGCACAGCUCUCCACAGUCUAUACUCAAGGAUUUGGAUUAGGUUCCUUGUCAGGGUUUCUCUCAAGUGGAUCCAAGAGGCAGGAAGGGCGGGAAACUGGAGUUGCCUCUUCCAAGGGGUCUCAGGGCAGAGCGGGGCGAUGGGCGUCUUUCCUUCUCUCCCUCUCCUUGGAGAAAGAGGUCCGAAUGGCGGCGGCGGCAGAACUGUGGGAGCCCCGAGCGGCGCGCGGGAAGAGGACGGCGGACAGAGACCCUUCCACAGGGGCCCAGCCGGCGGACGCCGGGGGAGCCAGAUCCGCCGCGAUCCCAGGGUGCACCGCGCCCCGACCCCUCCCCGCUCGGCGGCCCGCCUCCCCUCCGCGCGGGCCCCCUCCCUGUCGGCUCCGGGAGGCGGGGACGCGGCGUCGGCGGCUGCUCCUCCAGUCGCGUCUUUCCCACUCACUGGGGAACCCGGCGGUGGCGGCACCUUCGGAGCCAGAGCACCAGAGCCGCGAGCCUGCCGACCAGCCAGCGAAGGCCACACAGACCGACGGCGGGGCCAACGGACGGACGGACAGACGGGGGUUCAGCCAGACGGUGGGAGUCCUCAAGUUCCGCCAUGAGCUGGGGCACGGAGCUGUGGAGUUGAUAAUGUCUCCAGUCUCCGACUUGACGAUGAUCCAUUCAAGUUUCCUUGGGAAGUGGGGACUUCCGGUCACCAUUAGUUCCAGGGCUAAGGCUUGGAGGACCAGAAGCAGCCACAUGUCUGGGAAUUUUUGCUCUCAGAAGGAUCAGUUUGACAGCUUAGACAAGCAUACACAAUGGGGAAUUGACUUCUUGGAAAGAUAUGCCAAAUUCGUCAAAGAGAGGAUAGAAAUUGAGCAAAAUUAUGCAAAACAAUUGAGAAAUCUGGUUAAGAAGUACUGUCCCAAACGUUCCUCCAAAGAUGAAGAGCCAAGGUUCACCUCGUGUAUAGCCUUUUUUAACAUCCUUAAUGAGUUAAAUGACUAUGCAGGACAGCGAGAAGUAGUAGCAGAAGAAAUGGCACACAGAGUUUAUGGCGAAUUAAUGAGAUAUGCUCAUGAUCUGAAAACCGAAAGAAAAAUGCAUCUUCAAGAGGGACGAAAAGCUCAACAAUACCUUGAUAUGUGUUGGAAACAGAUGGAUAAUAGUAAAAAGAAAUUUGAAAGAGAAUGUAGAGAGGCAGAAAAGGCACAACAGAGUUAUGAAAGAUUGGAUAAUGAUACUAAUGCAACCAAGGCAGAUGUUGAAAAGGCUAAACACCAGUUGAAUCUACGUACACAUAUGGCUGAUGAAAAUAAAAAUGAAUAUGCUGCACAAUUACAAAACUUUAAUGGAGAACAACACAAACAUUUCUACAUAGUGAUUCCUCAAAUUUACAAGCAACUACAAGAAAUGGAUGAACGGAGGACUAUUAAACUCAGUGAGUGUUACAGAGGAUUUGCAGAUUCAGAACGCAAAGUUAUUCCUAUCAUUUCAAAGUGUUUGGAAGGAAUGAUUCUUGCAGCAAAAUCAGUUGAUGAAAGAAGAGACUCUCAAAUGGUAGUAGACUCCUUCAAGUCUGGAUUUGAACCUCCAGGAGACUUUCCAUUUGAAGAUUACAGUCAGCAUAUUUAUAGAACCAUUUCUGAUGGUACUAUCAGUGCAUCUAAACAAGAAGGUGGAAAGGUGGAUGCAAAAACCACCGUAGGAAAGGCCAAGGGCAAGUUGUGGCUCUUUGGAAAGAAGCCAAAGCCACAGUCCCCACCCUUAACCCCUACUAGUUUAUUCACAUCCAGUACUCCUAAUGGGUCCCAGUUUCUCACAUUCUCCAUUGAGCCCGUGCAUUAUUGUAUGAAUGAAAUAAAAACAGGGAAGCCCAGAAUUCCUUCUUUCAGAAGCCUCAAAAGAGGGUGGUCGGUGAAGAUGGGCCCAGCACUAGAAGAUUUCAGUCAUCUGCCACCAGAACAGAGACGUAAAAAACUACAGCAGCGCAUCGAUGAACUUAACAGAGAACUACAGAAAGAAUCAGAUCAAAAAGAAGCACUCAACAAAAUGAAAGAUGUGUAUGAGAAAAAUCCACAGAUGGGGGAUCCAGGAAGUUUGCAGCCUAAAUUAGCAGAAACCAUGAAUAACAUUGACCGCCUGCGAAUGGAAAUCCACAAGAAUGAGGCUUGGCUCUCUGAAGUUGAAGGCAAAACAGGUGUGAGAGGAGACAGAAGACACAGCAGUGACAUAAAUCAUCUUGUAACACAGGGAAGAGAAAGUCCCGAGGGAAGUUACACUGAUGAUGCAAACCAAGAAGUCCGUGGACCACCCCAACAACUUGGUCACCACAAUGAGUUUGAUGAUGAAUUUGAAGAUGAUGAUCCCUUGCCUGCUAUUGGACACUGCAAAGCUAUCUACCCUUUUGAUGGACAUAAUGAAGGUACUCUGGCAAUGAAAGAAGGUGAAGUUUUAUACAUCAUUGAGGAAGACAAAGGUGAUGGAUGGACAAGAGCUCGGAGACAGAAUGGUGAAGAAGGCUACGUCCCCACAUCAUACAUAGAUGUAACUCUAGAGAAAAACAGUAAAGGUGCAGUAACUUACAUCUAAACUAACCAGUCAGCUUUGUGGCACGUGACAUAGGAAUGAUAACUUAAAAUGAAAACAUAUUCAGCAGGCGGGAAGCAUAAGAAAACUUAAAGGGCAUUCAAGAUUGAUUGUUCACUAUCUGAGCUGAGUGUAGGCUUGAUCUUAGAUGUGAGUGUUAUCCCAAGAAACUGUUCUUGUGAUGCUUUAAACAUUUGAGUAACAUUGAUGUGAAGCUUAGUUGAUGCCUUUUUGCUUUAUGUCCUGCUUAAGUCGUUGUGAAAAAUUUGUGUUUUUUCUGCCUUAUAAAUCAUAGAUUUUGAUCUUUUGGGCAGGAAUCUAUAGAUAGAAAGCUCCGCACUCCUUUUUUACUGUACUUCAAAAAACAUGGUGACAGUGGUAAAUUCUAAUAAGCAAAACUGCUUUGAAAUGCUAUAGUAAGCUGACUCUCAAAACAGUGGUUUGGGUUAGGAGUUUAAAUUUGUAGCUGUGGUUUCCAGGAGAAAAGUAAUAGUUGGCUAAUUGGAUACAAUAAGAAUAUAAUCAUUUUUGUUUUUCCCCUGUCCUUACCUUUGCUUUCCUAAAGGAAGAAAACAAGCACCUAGCCCAUAAUUUGAUUUAGUAGUAGGCUAAUCAAGAGACCUGAAGAAUAAAUCAACCUGUUCUAGCUGUUAUGUGAAUAAAAACAGCUUGCUUUUGAGACCUGAAAAUGUUCUCAGGCUUACUAGUAAUUUUCAGUUAUGUAUAAGCUUCCUUCUGAAGUAAUGCUUGUAUUUUUCAGCUUGAAAAUGUCUUUUGGGAAAUAACAUGCUAGUGAUUAUUUAGCAUUUAGCAAUUAUAAUUAUAUGUAGGAAAAUAGGUUCUAAAUAAAAGGAAAUCUUGAAGGGAAGUGCUGGCAAAUUUUACUUUGGAAAAAAAAACUGUUUUGACUCACUGGAUUGCAGGGAGUGUAUUUGUACCACCAUGUGGGGCAGUUCAUUAUUUUAGCUAAGUCAUCAAUUGUUGGAUGGCUUAAUUUUUCCAAUUAAUCUCAACAAGCAUUUGUUGGGAAAAAAAAGUCAAGGGUUGUGUAGUGCUGUGGUUAUAAGGGGAAAUAAAGUAAGGAAGCAAUUAAGAGUCUGACCCUUAAUUUUGCUCGUGUUCUAAAUUUUUUUGGUUGUUUCAGUAGCUGACUGUAAAAUGAUUUUAGAGACAUUUGGGAUGGAUACUUUAAACUGAACACCCCUUUUGGUCUUAACCAAAGGUCUUCAGUAAUUGUUCUUUUCUUUUCCCCCUCCUGGACUGCAGGUUCCUGAAGAGGGUUUCUGAGGAAAUGGGCAAGAUGUUGAAGGAGGUUACAUGCAGCUGCUUUUGGGGGGAGGGUUUUAAGGUUGUCAGGCUCAAAGAGAGAGAGAGAGAAGCAAGUUGCAUGACUGCAUGCAGACAUGAUUAUUUUUUACUAACUUCAUUAGCAUUUCCAUACAUUGUUUAAAAAAAAUCAUUGUAAUACCAAUCCUUAAAUUCCUUAUUCACAUAAAGGGAAAAAAGCCAGUGAUGGCUAACCUUUUUUCCAUUUAUUUUAUUGAUGUGUAAAUCAGAAAGAAUACAGAGGUGUCAUUAAAUUUGUCUUAUAUUCAGCUGUCCCAACAGGACUGUCUUCAUCCCCGCUCUGUUUGAAUUGGCUUUUAGAUCCAUUGUCUGUUAGAAUCUUUGCCAUUUGUCAGUGUUUGCCUGGCCACUUCUGUGCCUGCUUAACAUCCUGUUGCAUGUGUAGAGUGAUCGGGCUAGAUUUUUCAGGCAUGUCUUUAUAAUACCUUGUUCUCGUCAAAGCCUUUGUUUUGUUUUACAUUUGUAGUGCAAAUCACUUUGUCAGACAUCUCCAGCACUAAUGUUUCCAUCCUAGUAUUCUUGUACGCUGCUAUAACUUCCCCACUGCAAAACAUUCCAGUUUUGGUAUUAUGAAGAAGUAGUUUGUGAACCUGAAGUAUUUAUGAUAAGAAAAAGAAAACAUCUCUGCUCUAGCCUACAGCCCAGUUGAAAGAACUCUUUGAAACAUGGUACAUCUUCAGCACCUCAGGCUAGGAAGAAUCUAUAGUCAGCACUGAAAUCCUGGUGUAAUAAACACAGAAGAUACUCACCACCUCAAGAUAAAGAACUGUUGUCCGAAGUCAGCUGCUUCCAUUCAAAUGCUGCCUUAAACUAGAGUGCCUAAAUCUGUCGAUUGCCAACACUACCACUACAGUAUCCCACAAAGGGCUUUAUGUGUCAGCUCAGUGCAACCUCCUGAAACUCAGUAGUGCUGCCUUGGUAGGUGGCUUUUAGAGCUCUACCAUGUUUGAUGGUGCAUCUUCAAAUUUAUGGAUCGAACUAAAGACAUAUCUGAGUCCAUUUUACUUUACUCAGUGUUUUUAUGAGAAGUUUUAUGGACUUCCCCCGUUGUCUUUUAAUUUGGGGUUACCAUGUUUUCAUGUGAUUAUUACCAUGAUAGUCUGUUUCCAAGUGAUGCUUUUGUUUGAACCAGAUGAAAUUUAGUGAAACUUUGUAAUGAUCUAUGUGCACUUUUACUUGUAAAAUGGAAAUUUCUGUAUGUUUAUACUUGUAAAUAUAAUUGUUGUUAGUGCCCCUGUUACUCAUGUUGUCCUGCUUCACAUUUGUGAUUUUGAUAAUGAUUUGUAUCUUAACUAAUUUCUUAGUGGUGUUUAAUAGGGAGAUGGGUGGGAGUGGGGGAUAUUUGUGUCACAGAAGGUUCAUUAAUUUGGUUCUUUACUGUUUUGAGGGAAGAAAAAGAAUGUGAAAUGGUCUGUGUAUUACUGGAUUUUAAGCAAUAUUUUAGAAGCUGUGUGACUUCUUUAAUAAUUUCUCCCGUGUUAUUUGAAUCAUACUACCAGUUAUACUAAAGCUGAAUGACAAUUGUGUGAAAGUUAAUGCCUUCAUAAGAUCAAGUACACCCCUGUUACACAGUUGACAUAUAGUGUAUUACCUUUGAGGCUAGUAAACCAUAAGGUUUAGAUUCUGAAUCUCGUUACAGGGUUAUUUAUAUAAUGUGACAUUAUUCAAUACUGACAGACUACAUAAAAGUAGUUUUAAUAUCUAGUGCUAUUUUUAUUUUAAAGGUUAGCAAUGAGGAGGAAAUGUGAUCUGGCUGUGUUUGUCUUCUGUACAAAGCCUGAAGUGCUUGUGUUUUUUUGGCUGACAGCCACAGAGGGCAAAGUUUAGGCUUUCUUGUAAGGACUAACUGUUCUUUUCAAGCUACUGUUUGUUUUUCUCAAAGCAGGAUUUGCUUCCGUGGGAGGCAAGUUCCUUCACAUGGAAUAGUGCAACCUGUAUAUGGGUUAUUACAUUAGAAAAGACAUUUGUACUUGAACAGUUUAAAUCAUUCUUAAAUUUUGAACAUGUGAAUUGUUGAAGAGAAGUCUUUAAUUUUUCAGUAAUUUUUACUCUUUUUGUGCACAUGUUGAUUUCUUAAUGGUAAAUGCUUUGUUUAAGAUAGUGUUCUCUGUUGAGAAUAUUUUCAUGGAAUAAAACAAUCUUUUCAUGGUCAGUUAAGGUGUA